GUGAAAAUAUAAUAAUAAGAGUUGCUAGCCAUUAGGUAAUUGAUUGUUUAAUAUAUAUGAUCUGAAGGGUUUGGAGAUAAAACACAAAUUUAUGUUAGCAAGGAAAGGAAGAAUGGAAAUGGGAUGUAAUAAUUAUAAUAGGAUUGGAGUUAUGGAAGUGGCUUAUAUGUUUGUUUUGGUACUGGUGGCUAUAGGAGUUGAAGCUCAAGAGCACUAUGUGGUGGGAGGUGAUAGAGGAUGGGAGACCUCAAACUUUGUUCACUAUAAUUACUUGUCUUCUUCUCCCAGAAUCUUCAGAGUUGGUGAUGUUAUUUGGUUCACAUACUCAGCAGCGCAAGACAACAUAGUGGAGGUGGGAAGCUUGGAAGAAUAUGAGUCGUGCGAUCUCACAAAUCCGAUCAGAAUGUAUACGGACGGUCUGAAUAAGAUCUCUCUCGAUGAAGAAGGAAUCAGAUACUUCACAAGCGGGAACAUCGAAAACUGCAGAAAUGGGCUAAAGCUGCCGGUUAACGUCCAGCCUAGGGACAGCAAGCUGGCCCAUUCACCUUCAAUGGGCGGAGAGAAUGCGCCCACGCCUGCUUUAGCAACGAGCCCAUACUCAAUGGACGGAGAGUAUUGGCCCACAUACGCAGAGAGCCCCUUCGGCAGCGGAGAUAGCCCAAAAUCAUCUCAAAGCCCAUAUGAGAACAGAUUGGGAUCUCGAUUUCCUUUCAACGUGUUGGAUGGUGAGGAAAAAUGGGUCAAAAGGGGUUCAGUGGAGGCAGCCCAUGGGCCGACAUCACGAUCUGCUCCGAUCAAUUUAAGUGGUCUUUUCAGUCUUUUGGCAAUUGGGCUUAUGUUUUACGUCGUCGUUAAUUAGGCGUACAUGAACUUAACCCAACCCAGCCCAUUUUCAUUUUUGGGUUGGGUUGUGAAACUUAGUUAAUUAUUAUAUGGAGUGUCAUUGUAAGACCAUUAUUUUACCUUGUUUGGCAUGCUUUAUUGUUGUUAGUAUGGAAACACAAUGGAAAGAGAUGACAUGCCCAAAACACACUAUCAUAAUCUCUAUAUAUCUAUUCAUCUAGGCAUAUGGUUUGCCAGAGUUUUAAAUAUAUAAUGUAAUUUAAAGUUGAAUGAGCAUCAUUCUAAUAAUAAUUUCUUUGUUGUAGUAAUAAAUGAUAAAUUUCAACAAGUUUAAUCUAUUCCCGAAGAAUUAAU